AUGAAGAUACAUUGCAUCUACCAGCAAAGGACAAGUGCCGUGCUAGAAGUACAGAGAAUGAAGGUACCGUCACAGGCCAACUCUUUAGACGCAUUGAACGAGGGCCCCAGGAUCUCAAUUGCUCGGGGAGAGAAGUUAAAUAAAGGAGAUGAUUGUGGUAGGACUGCAUUACACAAGGCUGCAGGGAAUGGCCAUUUUAACAUCACCGAAUAUCUAAUCAGUAAAGGAGCCGAGGUCAAUAGGGAGAAUAAUGAUGGUAAGACUGCAUUACACAAUGCUGCAAGGAAUGGCCAUAUUGGCGUCACCGAAUAUCUAAUCAGUGAAGGAGCUGAGGUCAAUAAAAAGGAUAAAGCUGGUGGCACUGCAUUUUCCAUUGCUGCUGAGUAUGGCCAUACUGACAUCACUAAAUAUCUAAUCAGCCAGGGCACUGAGGUCAAUAAGCAGAAUAACGAUGGUAGUACUGCAUUACACAAUGCUGCUUGGAAUGGUCAUAUUGACAUCACCGUAUAUCUGAUCAGUCAAGGAGCUGAGGUCAAUAAGAAGGAUAAAAAUGGGGAGACUGCAUUACACAAGGCUGCUAUGAAAGGCCAUUUUUACGUCGCCAUACAUCUGAUCAGUCAAGGAGCUGAAGUCAAUAAGGAGAAUAAAGGUGGUUGUACUGCAUUACACAAUGCUGCUACAUGUAAGAAUGAUCAUAUUGACGUAGUACAAUAUCUGAUCAGUCAAGGAGCUGUGGUCAAUAAGGAGAAUAAUGAUGGUAGGACUGCAUUGCACAUUGCCGCUUGGAAUGGCCAUUUUCACAUCACCAAAUAUCUGAUCAGUAAAGAAGCUGAGGUCAAUAAGGAAGAUAAAAAUGGGGAGACUGCAUUACACAGUGCUGUAAGUAUAAAUCAUGGUGAUAGAGCAUCCUUUUUUGACAUGUAUGAGCGGGUUGAUCAACACAUUGAUGUCAUCGAGUAUCUGAUCGACCAAGGAGCUGAUGUUAAUAAGGAGGAUAAAAAUGGUAUGACUGCAUUACACAGUGCUGUAUUCCGCUAUCAAACAUACAUGCCAAAUCGUUCAUAUCGUUCAUAUCUUUCAUAUCGUUCAUAUCGUUCGUAUCGUUCAUAUCGAAGUUUGUUUUGGGGAUCAAGAAAAACCGACGGAAUCAUCUAUCUGAUCAAAAAAGGAGCCGAAGUUGAUACUGUAUGUCACACUGCUGCAGAGAAGGGCCAUCUUGAUGUCAUUGGUUACUUCAUUAGUAAAGGAACCAAAGUGAACUCAGCAAGAGAAGAUGGUUGGACUCUAUUACACAGUGCUGUAGAAAAUGGUCAACUUCGUAUCACUGAAUAUCUGAUUCGUCAAGGAGCUGAGGUGAAUAAAAGAGACAAUGGUGGCUGGACAGCACUACACUUUGUAGCUAAAAAUGGACAUCUAGAUGCCUUAAAAUGUCUAAUUGACGUCAUUACUGAAGAAGCUGAAGUGAACACAACAACAGAAGAUGGCGAGGCUCUAUUAUACAGCGCUGAGCAGAAUGGUCAUCUUGAUAAAACUGAAUACUCGAUUGGGCAUGGAGUUGAGGUGAAUAAGAAAGAUAAUUGUGGUUCGACUGCAUUACACAUUGCUGCCAACAAUGGUCAUAUUAGCGUCACCAAAUAUCUUAUCAAACAAGGAGCUGAGAUCAACAAGAAGGAUAACAAUGGCAGGACUGCAUUACACAGUGCUACUUGGAACGGUCAUACUGACCUCACAAAAUAUCUGAUCAGUCAAAGAGCUGAGGUCAGAAUGGAGGAUAAUGAUGGUAGGACUGCAUUACACAGUGCUAUUGACUCUAGUGCCGAGAAUGGCGAUAUAAGCGUCAUCAAAUAUCUUAUCAACCAAGGAGCUGAGGUCAACAAGAAGGAUAAAAAUGGCCGGACUGCAUUACACAGUGCUACUGGGAACGGUCAUACUGACCUCAUAAAAUAUCUGAUCAGUCAUGAUGCAGAUGUUAAUCAAAAAGAUAAUGAUGGUUGGACUGCACUACACAUUGUUGCUGAUGGUGGCCAUCUUGACAUCCUUAAAUACCGCAUUAGUAAAGGAGCUGAGGCGAAUAAGAGAGAUAAUUGGGGCUUGACUGCAUUACACAUUGCUACUAGAAGUCUUCACUAUGACAUCGCCAAAUAUCUGAUCAGUAAAGGCGCUGACGUAGAUAUUGUAUGUCACACUGCUGCAGAGAAGGGCCAUCUUGAUGUCAUUACUUACUUCAUUGGUCAAGGAAACGAAGGAAGCACAGAAAGAGAAGAUGGUUGGACUCUAAUACACAAUGCUGUACAGAGUGGUCAUCUUGACAUCACUAAAUAUCUGAUUAGUAAAGGAGCUGAGGUGAAUACAGGAGAUAAUGAUGGGCGGACUGUAUUACACACCGCUGUACAGAGUGGUCAUAUUGAUAUUACUAAAUACCUGAUUGGCGAAGGAGCUGAGGUGAAUAAAGGAGAUCAUAUUGGUUCGACUGCAUUACACAUUGCGGCUAUUCAUGGUCAUCUUGAUGCCACCGAGUUUCUGAUCAGUGAGGGAGCUGAUCUGAAUAAGGCAGGACGAGACAAGUUUAAUACCAAGAUAUCCCACGAAUACUACAAUGGCAGGUUAUCUCCAAAUGAAUCGUUGGUGUUUUAUCUCAUUGAGAAUGGUGCCAAGCUAGAUGUAAAGGACGAGACAGGCAACCUACCGAUCCACUAUGCCAAGGAUGAACUAGUCAGGCAGAUGAUAUUGUCAAGGUGA